UCGGCCACAGUCGGCCAUAGUAGACAUGGCGGAUGUUAGCUUACGUGAAUGACGGGCGAAGAAUCGUGGUGUUGAAGAGAAAAAAAAUUGUAAAAAAACGUAAAGAACUCACCGAAUUAUUGUCACGUCCCUGCAUAACCGAUUAUUCCCGAGGCAUCGAUACGUUCCUCGCGUUUUCGUGGGAAUAAAUAGCGAGGAAAAAUCAGACAAGGGGGAUAAAUACCCCAGUGAUUUGAAGUGUGUGUUGGUGGCCACGGGGUAGAGAGCGAUAAAAAAAAAAUUUGUGUCAUAUGAUUAAUCCGGUAGGUAAAAAUGCAGAAUGUAGCACAAGGAACAACCUCGGAUAGCCAGAAGCACGAUAAAAAUUGUGCUCAAGAAGUAACAUCUACACCACAGUCCUCGAACUCUAGCCCAACAAAGUCAGAGACCGAGACCUUCUCCGAACUACAGCCACGAUUUAUGACAGACUCAUCGGAAAGUGAGGAGGACAGUAUUUCCGAGCCGGAGUUUUUUCGUGCUGCCAUCGAACAAGCUGCACUCGAAGAGGAUCAUCAUCUGGAGUCGUCGAAAUUUUUACUGACCCCUGAGGAUCCGGAGAGAUCUGUCGAUCCGGAGACACAGGCGAGGCUUGAGGCACUGCUUGAGGCCGCUGGCAUUGGAAAAUUGUCGUCUGGAGAUGGAAAACAUCUCGCUGAUCACGAGGUACUCAGACGUUUAACGUCCAGUGUUUCUUGUGCACUUGAUGAGGCUGCUGCUGCAUUGACACGUAUGCGCAGUGAUAAUCCGAGGAGUCAGAACGAAAAGAGGUCGCUUGUUGAGGCCUGCACUGACGGGGACGUUGGAACUGUCAGGAAGUUGCUUACUGAGGGGAGGAGUGUUCACGAGACCACUGAGGAGGGAGAGAGCUUGCUGUCGUUGGCGUGCUCUGCUGGGUACUACGAACUUGCACAGGUCCUCCUCGCGAUGAACGCCAACGUGGAAGAUCGUGGAAUAAAGGGUGACUGCACCCCAUUGAUGGAAGCAGCGAGUGCAGGUCACGUGGACAUAGUCUCCCUUCUAAUAGCCCACGGAGCAGACGUGAAUGCUCAAUCGACCUCGGGCAACACUCCCCUGAUGUACGGUUGCGCUGGUGGUCACGAGGACGUUGUGAAGGUCCUCCUGGAGGCAGGUGCCAACGUGGAGGACCACAAUGAGAACGGUCACACUCCCCUGAUGGAGGCAGCCAGUGCAGGCCACGUGCCAGUGGCUAAAAUCCUUCUGGAGAACGGGGCAGGGAUAAACACCCACUCCAACGAGUUCAAGGAGUCCGCCCUGACUCUUGCCUGCUACAAAGGCCACCUGGACAUGGUGAGAUUUUUGUUAGAAGCUGGUGCUGAUCAGGAGCACAAAACCGACGAGAUGCACACAGCCCUGAUGGAGGCAUCGAUGGACGGUCACGUCGAGGUGGCGAGACUUCUCCUGGACUCUGGGGCCCAGGUGAACAUGCCCACUGACAGCUUCGAGUCACCACUGACCCUGGCAGCCUGCGGUGGCCACGUGGAUCUUGCCAUGCUGCUGAUUGAACGAGGGGCGAACAUCGAGGAAGUCAAUGACGAGGGAUACACCCCCCUGAUGGAGGCAGCACGCGAGGGCCACGAGGAAAUGGUGGCUUUACUACUGAGCCAGGGUGCCAACAUCAAUGCUCAAACCGAGGAGACCCAGGAGACAGCUCUCACCCUCGCCUGCUGUGGUGGCUUCCUCGAGGUCGCUGAUUUUCUCAUUAAAGCUGGAGCUGACAUUGAACUUGGUGCAUCAACACCACUUAUGGAGGCUGCACAGGAGGGACAUCUCGAUCUUGUCAGAUAUCUACUGGAAUCUGGUGCUGAUGUCCAUGCCCAGACACAGACUGGUGACACUGCACUCACUUAUGCAUGUGAAAAUGGCCACACUGAUGUUGCUGAUUUGCUUCUGCAGUUUGGCGCUGACUUGGAGCAUGAGUCGGAGGGGGGCAGGACACCACUGAUGAAGGCAUGCAGGGCUGGACAUCUCUGCACUGUUCAGUUUUUAAUAUCGAAAUUAGCGAGUUUAAAUCGUAAUACAACGAACAAUGAUCAUACACCACUUUCGCUGGCUUGCGCUGGGGGGCAUGUGGCUGUUGUUGAAUUGUUGUUGGCACAGUCUGCUGAUCCAUUCCACAAGCUCAAGGAUAAUUCGACAAUGCUGAUUGAGGCAGCCAAGGGUGGCCAUACCAAUGUUGUUCAGUUGUUGUUGGAUUAUCCACAUUCUAUCAUGAUGAAUGCACCUGGGGUGGCACCUGGGAUGGGGCAGGGGGUGUCGCAGGGACAGGGACAACCACAGGCCAGUGGGCAGAAUGGUAAUCCGGUGCAGGGACAGCAGGCCAGUGCUGAUAACAAUCAGGCGAAGGGCAAUGGCAAGAGUCUUUUGAGGAAAAAUCAUCGAGCCACCACCAUGCCUGAUGUGGGCUUGACUUCUGCUGAGGCACAGCAGGUCAGGACACAGCCUGCAGGCGAGACUGGCACUGUUGCUGCUGCUGUCGAUGAUACGAAUAUUCUCGAUAAGGGGAGUGGGGGAUUUGGGGGACUCACUGAGCCCAAUAUCACGUUGAGCCCUGGACAGACUGCCGGGGGGGCGUCAACCUCUGGCGAUGGCAGGAAGAGUGCUAGGCAUGAACAGAUCAUGCAUAAGCAGCAGAUUCUUGAGGAACUGCAGAACUUCAAAAACGUGGCAUUUCAGAGGGUAGAGCGUCAGCUUCAGUACAAGGGGGCUGGGCACCUGUUCCUGGGUACACCGAACCUCGAGGAACAGAAACGCCAACAGUCAACUGGCGAUGGGGCUGACUCCACCGAUGCAAUACUGCCAGGAAUGAUAAAGAUCGACUUGCCAGCUCAACCAACCACUGCUCCCUGUGGGCUAGUCUGCGGAACAUCAGAAUUAUCAGGUGACCAUCAAGACCCAGAGGCACUGUCUUUGUGUCAAGCCAUUGACCGAGGCAUCAGUAUCGGCAAGAGUAUCAUGCUGGAGGAGCAACUGAGAACAGCUGUGAGAUCCCUGCCACUAGCUCCCAACGAGCCACAGAUUCCAAAUGUACCAUCAACAUCAGCCUUGACAACACCAACUGUUUUAACAUCAGCAACACCAGCCCCAACAUUUGAUUUUCCAACAAAUGCUAUCACCCAGCUGCCAGUGAGCCAACCACAUCAAACGAUAACAACAAUCAGCGAUGUCAGUCAAAAUACAGCAAUCAGCGAUCGUCCAAAGGCGAAACCAGUGUCCAAGAAGGAGGGCAAGAACAUUCGUAAAUCAGCCAUUGCUUAUGGGAGAUUUCUCCAACGUGCUGCUGUCCUCGAGGCCGUACAGCAGGAGAAACAACAGACCACCACUAUGUUUGGAUUGCAGCAGCAGUAUGAGGACAAACAACGACAGCAUACCUUUCAAGUCAGACAGGUACAUCAGUUACAGCAGUUGAAUCAACAGUUACAACUUCAGCUCGAUCAGGUGCAGGUACAACAGCAAGAACAACAGCAACCCCAACAGCAAGGUGUAGUGGUGAGCAGUGGAGUAGAGAUUAUGAUGCCAAGUCAACUUGUUGCACACCUCCACCCCACACAGACCCACCAAGAUAAUCAGCAAGAUCAGCAAACCAGCCAGCUUAAUAUACCGGAUAUGGAGAGUGAUUUAACGAGAUUACACAGAGACAGUGCUUGUCCAUUCUUUGCUGCUGCACAGAAAGCUAAGGCACUUGCUGCCGAUGACAAAGUACUCAAAUUAGAUGAUGGAAUGCAGAUACCUAUCGACGAGGUUGCCGAAAUUAUCGAAUCCAUUACCUUCGACGAUGUGCCUAACGCGGGAACCGAGGAGCAGGAGAAGGGGGAAUUGAAGAAGAUGGAUGUGAGGGGAUUGGACAGGGAUCAGAGGAGGGAACUCGCUGAGGAACUGCUCUCUGCUGAUCAGAAAACCAUUCGAAAGAUGUUUGAACAGGAGGCAAGUGAAAAAGCAAAACGCGAAGCAGAGCGCCUGGACCCAAUAACAAUGGAGGCAUUCCAGCGAGGUUACUCGUACGCCCGCCGUCAACGAAAGCUGGACAGUGACCUUUACGAGCCCCAGCCCCCAACGCGUCACGUCCAGCCCCCAAGCCUCGAUCGUUUAGCCCAACAGUCCAACGGUUUCGCCCAGCCCUCGAGUUCAACGUGCAACGCCACUACCACCACCAACGUCAACGCAGGCACCAACACACCCACCACGCAGGUGCAGGUGGCAACCCAGACCCAAGGAUUAGCAACUCCAGUCCCGACAGCCCUGGAUAAGAAGCAAGUCUACACAGCGAGUGCUGGUACGAAGGGAAAGAAAGCAAGAUAUCCCCUGGCGUCUCCCCAAACCUGUCCUCAACAGACCACUGCCACAUCAACACCACCAGCAUCAGUCCAGAAUUACCAGUUGGACCCCAACACUGUCAACACAGUGGUCCAAUACUCCAGUGGCACAGUCUCCACGAAUACAACACCAUCGUCAACGUACACCCCAGUAACACCAAGCACCCAAGCCCCCAUGACUCAAUUCUCGGUGAUGGACGUUGAUUCUGAAACAGACAGCAAUCACGACACAGCUCUGACACUUGCCUGCGCCGGUGGCCACGAGGAGCUAGUUGAAUUUCUCCUGUCACGAGGCGCUGACAUUGAACAUCGAGACAAGAAAGGCUUCACACCACUGAUCCUAGCAGCCACAGCUGGCCACCAAAAAGUCGUUGAGAUACUACUGAAUCAUGGAGCUGACAUUGAGGCACAAUCAGAACGUACCAAGGACACUCCACUCUCCCUCGCCUGCAGUGGUGGUCGCUUCGAAGUUGUGGAGCUACUGCUGACAAGAGGAGCCAACAAAGAACACAGAAAUGUAUCUGAUUACACUCCCCUGUCCCUCGCAGCGUCUGGUGGCUACGUCAACAUAAUAAAACUUCUUCUCUCUCAUGGAGCUGAGAUUAAUUCCAGAACAGGAUCUAAACUUGGAAUCUCACCGCUGAUGUUGGCUGCUAUGAACGGCCACACUGCAGCUGUUAAACUACUCCUGGACAUGGGGAGUGACAUCAACGCCCAGAUCGAGACUAAUAGAAACACUGCGCUGACUUUGGCCUGCUUCCAGGGAAGACACGAGGUUGUCAGUCUUCUUCUGGACAGAAAAGCUAAUGUUGAGCAUCGAGCGAAGACGGGGUUGACACCUCUGAUGGAAGCUGCCAGUGGGGGUUACGUCGAAGUUGGAAGAGUCUUGCUGACUAAGGGAGCUGAUGUGAAUGCCACACCUGUUCCUUCAUCACGAGACACUGCCCUGACGAUUGCCGCUGACAAGGGCCACUGCAGGUUCGUCGAGCUCCUGCUGUCUCGAGGAACUCAAGUCGAAGUUAAAAAUAAAAAGGGAAACAGUCCAUUGUGGCUGGCUGCUAAUGGUGGACACCUGAAUGUCGUUGAUCUGCUUUACCACGCUGGGGCUGACAUAGACUCUCAGGACAAUCGUAAAGUCUCGUGUCUCAUGGCUGCUUUCAGAAAGGGCCACAUCAAAGUCGUCAAGUGGAUGGUCAACCACGUGACGCAGUUCCCCAGUGACCAAGAGAUGACGAGGUACAUUGCAACGGUUAACGAUAAAGAGCUGUUAGUCAAGUGUCAGGAGUGUGUGAAAGUCAUCAGAGCUGCUAAGGAGACACAAGCAGCUAAAGCCAACAAGAAUGCAUCGAUUCUCCUCGAGGAGCUCGACAUGGAGAAGACGAGGGAGGAGUCCAAGAAGGCUGCAGCUGCCAGGAGACGCGAGCGAAAGAAGAAGAAGAAACUCGAGAAGAAGGAGGAGAAGAGAAAGCUGCACGAGGAGAACAAGAAGAACGAAACAAUCUACGAGGACAAGGAGGACGUCAAGAAGUCUGAGGACGAGGAGGAGAGGGGGGAUGAGAGUGAUAAUGAAGGGGGUGCUGACAGUUGUGAACGAAUGGACAAUGUGCCCUCACCAUCGCCUGUCAACAGGAGCCCCGAUGAUCCUGAUAAGGAGGAGGGAGACAGUGGCAUCGAUGCUAAUAGCCAGGGGAGUUGCAGCAGCAAUGAUGUGAAGGCCAGGGAGAGGAAGAAAGAGAAAAAGAAGAAGAAGAAUUGUAGUCCGAGUAGCAAUGAGAAGGAUUCGUCACCGAUCAGGGGGGGCUCCAGUGUUUUCUCCUCAAGUUUGAAUCAGAGUGUCUUGGGGAAGAGCCAGGAGAAGAGGAUUACUGCCAGCAGUAGUGGAAUCGCUUCAUCAUCUGGGUUAAAUGCACGUUCUUCAGCUAGUUCUAGUUCUACUUCUGGGGUUAAUGUCAGCGAGAGGAAGAUCAAGGGACAGGUGUUUGAGUCGUCUAGGCAUCCGGCUGAGAGGGAGGACUUUGAGGCAACUGGCAAUGAGAAUUAUGUUCCAGGAAAGGGGAAGAAGAACAGUGGCCAGUAUGAGGAGGUGUUCAAUGCUUCAGUUAAGAGCAAUAACUCGACGAGUCCCAAGGGCACCAAGAGGGAGGAGGGAUGGAAGGAGGUGGUGAGGAAAGGACAGUCCGAUGACUCCAGUAGGUUCAUGAAUUCACCAUUCAGAUCGAAAAAGGUCUCUGUUCCACCGAAUGCCAUUAGCAGGGUCAUUGGAAGGGGUGGCAGCAAUAUCAAUGCCAUUCGUGGAGCCACUGGUGCUCAUAUCGAAGUGGAGAAGCAGAGCAAGUGCCAGGGGGAGAGGAUCAUCACUAUCAAGGGCUCCACUGAUGCUACCAAGCAGGCUCAUACACUCAUUGCUGCUCUCAUCAAGGAUCCCGAUGUGGACAUACUGCAGAUGUUGCCCAAGAGCAAAUUGACGGUCAUGACUUCGUCCACUUGGGAUAAGUCCAUGGUACCAGCUGCUGCUGCGAUGAAACCGAAAAUGGGUCCGGUUACUAAACCUCCCACACCGUUACCAGGUGCAACAGGUAUCCAUCCGAGUAAAUCGUACACAGCCCCAGGCAUAUCAGUGCCCCAACUGGUGCCCCUUCGUUCCACCUCCUCUAUAAAACUAGCAGGUGCCUUCUCCACUCCCCUAUCACGCGCCACAGCUCCUCGAUUAAUUGCCGCAGCUGAAAAACGACAGUCCCAGAUAACCACCUCCACAAAUACCCGUACGACAAUGUCCUACACAUCAGCGAUAAUGACAUCAGGACGUGCCACAAAAGUAGUAACAACAAGCACUGGUCAGACAUUCGCUGCUAAAUUAUCAGACAUCACUGCCUCACCAAUGACAACAGUACUGUCAUCAACCUAUUCAACAGGCACCAAGCAGAAGGUAAUUAAUACCAUAACUGUGAUGUCCUCGUCAUCAUCAACAACACCGAUGACAUCGCCACAGCAAAUCAUGACGUCACCCAAGCACUGCCGUACACUGCCGAAUUUAUCAGCUCCAACGAUGCAGCAUUAUCAGAGUAAUAUAACUAAAAAUUCAUACACAACAAAUUCAACUGUUGUCACAUCAUCGACUGUAUCAAAUGGGCCAGAAUUGUCGGUGAAUGCAAUGCGUGUAACACCAUCGCCACCAGCACCUCAGGCCCCACAAUCUGGCAAUUCUCAGGGUCACAAUCAGCAGAAUCAGAGUCAGUCACAAGGCCAGACUCAGUCACAGCCCCAAGCCCAGAGUCAUCAGCAGAUGAGAUCGACAACACCAGUACCACAGACCCACGAUCAGCCCCAGCCAACCCAGCAGGGUGCAAUCCAACCGAACACACCCCUCGAGUACUCCCUCUUCAACGACACAUUCUCCAAGGUCACACAGCAGUCAAUGUGGGGCCGUGAGAAUGAGUCCCACCAGAAGGGAAUGAACUUUGCAACAGUGGCUGGUGGAGGCUCGUCAGCGGCAUCAACAGCCCCUCCAAAUAAAUUCAUCGACAGUGCACCACCUCAGGCUGAUGCAUCCAAAGCUCCUGGGUAUCGUGGUACUGCCAUGUGUUCACCAGUCUCCAGUAAACAGGCAUCAAACACUGGAGGCAGCACGAUUAAUCAGGGGGUGUCACCGGGGAUCCACAAUCCCAGCAUUCAGCCCCAGUUUCAAUCGAAUAUUAAUUACAUCGAGGGGAAUAAAUCGACUGGGCUAGCUGUCACCAGACCUGUCAUCAAUCAACAGAGCAUUGAGCUCCCUGUCUCCAUGGGACAGUUCAACAGAUACCCAGACAUGCCUUCCAGGAAUGUUCAGGGGGCCCAUCAGCAGAGGGAGAUGCCCCCACAGUCCCAGAGUGCUCCACCCGUUCAGGAGAGACAGCAGGAGAGUCAGGGACAACAGCACAUCAUGCCAUCAAGUUCACAAGCUAAUAUGGAGAUGUUUAAGAAUAAUAAUGGUGGGUUCGAUCCAUCCAUCAGUAAUGUCAACUCAAGCCUCCUGAAGAUGGUGCCUAAUGAGGGACAGCAGCAUCUCAUGCCUUUCCACCCUCACAUGCAGAGCUUUGCACCCUCCAGCCAAUCAGGCAGUGUCAACACCACUGUCAGCAUGUCCAGGCUGAAUCCAAGGGCACCAGAUUUCUCGAGUUCACUUCAUGUUAAUAAUAAACACCAGGUGAUGUUCAAUGCUGCCAGUGGUAUUCAUCCGAAUAUGUUCGCUGUGCCUCCACCACCUUCGGGCAUGCAGAAUAAUCACGCGAUGCUCGCGAAUUUUCCCAUUGGCAAGUAUCCGGGGAGGGGAGGACCUGCUGGCAACAUUGGGGGAAGCACCAAUGGGCACAGGUGGUUUGGACCCCAUGGAAAUUAUCCCCAUCAGGAGCCCAUGAUGCCUCAGGUGAAUUUCCAUCUCGGGAAUAUUGGACAGAAUAUGGAGCUGAUCCAGGGACUCGAGAAUGGGGGAUCGCCGGCCAUGUCGCCCUCUUCGUCGGCCCAGGUCACCCAGGAGAUGAGCCAGAUGAAGAUCGAGGACAGGAAGGUGCCCAGGCCCAUUGGCACUGAGAGGGCUUGGAAGAACUAUAAUGCUGGGAUGGGACCUGGGGGCGAUGCUGAGGGGAUGAACUGGAUGCUCAAUAGUGAUAAGGGCGUGGGGAACUGGCCCAAUGUUGGGGGAGGAAUGGAGAGACAGAUGUUCAGGGGGGCUGGGUAUGGACGCGUUGGGAAUAUCGAUGCUGAGUUGCAUCAGAUGAUUGAAUCAACUUUUCAGGGUCACAUGGAGAACCCUCAAGCAUUCCCAAACGGUACAGCAGCAGGAUUAUCCCUGAUGCCAGGACUCACCCUAAUGCCAGGCCAGUUCUCCAAUCCCCCAGCUCUCCAGGAGCUCCCUCCACCGGCUGAGCCCACGAAAAUUGAUGCACCCGGCUGGGGAAUGGAUCCCAACAAUCAAGAUAAGCCGCACCCGGGAUGGAACAACAAAUGGACCCAUUAAAUGUUAGAACUUGAUGCGAAAAAUAAUUAAUACAAAUUAAGACAGAAAAAUAAUUACCAACAACUGGGAGAUGAAGAUGAUCUUACCCUUGAUAUAAUGGAAGACAGCGAGAAACUCGGAAAGAAAAUGAUAAAAAAAAGGAAAAAAAACUAGUAGUUGUAGUUGAUGAAACUGGCAUAAAGCAAGAAUGCGUUGGUUCUAGACACCACAUUAAUUACAUUACUAUAUUCAUUGACACCCAGACAACAAAAAAAUCCAAUAUUACUUGUCAUGAUAGGUGAUAAGGGAUGGUAAAACAAAUCCUUACUACAAUUUAUUGCUAUUAUUAUCUUCUAAUAUACUUAUUCGAUACCAAUAAAUAAAUUGGAACAAAAUAAAAAAUGGUAAAAAUAUAUUAAAUGAUUAUAAUAAUGAGGAGUUGGAUAUUGUGGCGAUUGGAGGCUGAACGAUUAAUUAACGCCUUGGGAUGUGUUGCUCCAUGAUCAUAAAAAUCAUUUAAAAUAAAUAAUGAACACACGGGCGUGUUUGUUUUAUUGGUCAAACGCAAAAACCAAUUAUUGUGCGAAAAUAAAUGAGAGAUGAUAAAUAAUAUGAAAUAUACCGUAAAAUAAAAAAUA